UUUUUUUUCUUCUUUUUAUUCAUUCUUACAUUCAUGUCUACAUUGGGCACUGCACCAAGACCCUUUUUAAAGACGACACAAGCGUAUCGCAUCCUCACCAAAGUUCAGAACGUUUCUGCUCUUGCCUUUUCGACCUUCACUGCGAUUCACGGCACUCAAAUCUUGGCGGCUAAUCUAGGUGGUGCUUCAUUAGCCAACCACUUGAUUUUGUUAGGUAGACCGUUUUACCAAGACGAGCACUUGGAAGGCGUGUUAGUCACAGGUGCUGCUACCGUUCAUGUGCUUGCUGGUCUUGGCAAAUGGGGCAUACGUACCUAUUGGGAUCCAUCCCGUGUCGAAACUCAUCGUCUUCGAUACGCAGGGUACGCACUUAUCCCCUUGGUCGGCCUGCAUUAUUACCUUGUGCGUAUGCUACCCAUAGCUUAUUAUGGCGAUUCCUCCUUUAUUGAUUUUGGUUAUGUGGCAUGGGGAUUGCAGAACAAGCCUGCCUUGACCUACGGUCUUCAUACAGCAUUGAUCCUUACCAGUUGUUACCAUCUUGUCGGUGGUCUCAAGACGAUCUUUCGUACCAAGCAAAAAAAAGUAACCCGUGUGCCUAUGCAUGGCCAUAACAUUGAUCAAACCCCUCACUCUAUCUCAUCCAUCAUCACCACCACACUCAGUCUCGCUUUGAUCUCUGGCAUGAUCAUCAUUGCCCGCGAUACAACCAAAAUACCACUCCGUCUUGAUUUUGCAAACAUGUAUUUUUAUUAA